UGACGUGGACGGGCACUGGACAGAUUCAAAAGGCAUGGCCUCCCUUAGCUCCUCCUCUCCUCUGUCCAUCAUCCUCACCAUGGCGGCAUCCACCAAGAAGACUCGUGUUUCCCUCCUCCUCCUUCUUCUUAUGGUCGUUCUUGCGGCCGCCGCGCAGCUGCCUCCGGGUGAUGACGAUGCUAAGCAGGUACCCAUGCAGAUGGAUCAUGUGAUUGCUGCUUUUCCUCUGCCGGCAUCAUGCUACUCGAACUAUUUUCCACACUGCACCAAAGGCCGGUGCAAGCAGUUCUGCGCCGGCCAUGGCAAGCCGCCGGUCCCUAGAGCCUUCUGCAACGACAAUUCCAACUGUUGUUGUCCCGUUAGUUAAAUGCUCUCAAAGAAGCAAGGAAUCUGAAUUAAUUAGAGAUGUCAAUAAAAGAAGCGUGCCAUUUCAGUACUAUUUUGGGAACCAUGAAAUCCCACUCUCUAUAUGCUUAUGUACUCUGUAAGCCAACUUUUUGGUAAUUUGUUGUCUUUGGCAAUUGUUGUAUUGAUUAAAUGGCUUCUGUGUUGGAAAUUGAAGCUUCCGUUACUCUGAUGAGUAUACUUGUGGUGUGGUUCCCAUGAUUGCAAGAUGUGGUUUCUGUGUGGUGAAUUGUAAGAGGUGGUUUCGUUCGUGCUAUCAUUGCUAUAGUCACUAGAGGAUACUUGUAUUAGGAAACAUGAGGUAGUUUGAAUCCCGUUAUUAGGUGUACA